AUGACCGUCCGUGUCGUCCCGCCUUUCGCGAGGCUUGACGAAGACGAUGAUUUUGUCACGUGGGAGGACAUCCCCGAGGAGCCGCCUCGGCAGGGCAUGGUUCGCCGUGUCUCCUCACACGGAGCCUUCGAGUCUUGGGUCGACGAGAGACUCAUCAAGCGACAUCGACGCCCCGCCUGGCUCCUUAAGAAGAGCAAUCGUCCCGGCCGUGAGCUGGACUACCUGCGCAGCGCUUCGCCCGUCAUUCCCAAGGCCGUCAGCUUUCGGCCGUACGGCGAGGACCCGUACAAGAAAUGGCGCCAUUUAUUACAGACGGCACCGCACUAUGCGCCCGAGAACCACCAUACCAUCAGCUUUGAAGAGCUGGAAGCGCAGCCUCAAGGCUCGCCGAUUUACUUGGAGCAGCAGCUCUCGAAUGUGGUGUCCAGGCGCCACAAUUGGUUCUUUGUAAACCCUCUACCACAACUCAUAUUUCGACUACUUGUGCUGGGUAGCACCAUAUCUUCCUUGGCCAUUGCCACGACACUGUACCGGACACACUGGUGGUAUACCGCUACAAACCAGUGGGAACUGGCUCAGAAGGGCCAGGUAAUUCUUGCCAUGUCGGUCGACUCGCUCUCGAUCCCCUACGUCUUUUACAUGACAUUUGACGAUAUAUUCGGUGCGCCGCUGGGCCUACGGCGUCCUAUAAUAAAGGUCUCACUCACACUUUUAGACCUGUUCUUUAUUAUACUCAAGGCAGCCAGUGCAUCUUUGGCGUUUCAGGCAUUGGAGACAUCGAGCGACGAGUUGAAUUUAUCCCUCGUCAGAGCUCUGGCAGCUUGCAUCCUGACCGGUCUGGUGUUUUGGGUAGCGAACUUUACUAUCAGUCUCCUUCGCAUCAUUGAACGUCUUGGAGGCAUGGAAAAGGGAUCAAAGAUGAUGGAAAAGGGCCGACGAAAAAUGCAGCUGAGACAGCCCACCGUGAAUGGCUCGGCGGCCAACGAAAAAGUUCCUUACACUUCUGCCACGACUAAUGGGCGCCGCUUUUCUCGUCCAAUAUCGAUAUCGAGAAAGCGAUGA